AUGGCUACCGAACCACUACUGCGCAACCUCACCUUAGAGAUCAGAUUGGGACUCACGGCCAUCAACGGUCCAGUGGGCUCAGGAAAGAUAACAUUGUUGCAGACGUUGGUUGGCGAGACCGUCGUACAGCGGGGCUCUGCCGUGUUCAACGUCCGCAGAGCUGGCUUUUGCUCGCAGGUGCCCUGGAUCCUCCACGAUCCUAUUCGACACAAUGUUACGGGCAUCACCGGCCUAGAGUUUGACGUAAAAUGGUAUGAGUUCCGCAUUGCAGCAUGCGGACUCCAACCCAAUAUGGAGAGGCUGCCUGCCGGCGACCUGACCCUGUUAAAGACCAUUGCCACCCAGAUGUUCAGCUAUCAGGGCCACUUUCGCAAAGCCGGUAUAUCGGUCAUACUUGCCACGCACAGCAAUGGGAUCAUUGUCCUGGACAAUGGCAUUGUGGCCGAUUGUGGCUCAUUUAACGGGGUUCGGUCUCGAAGGGCUCAGUUGGUCGAGUUUGAGGAUUUUGCUCACGAACAGGGCACUGGGAGCUCGGAGGGACAAGGUCAAAGUAACACUCAGUCAACCACCGAGGUCCUUCCCUUCGACCAGGGCACGACGGCAGCGGGUUCCACACAGCAGGACCUGCACCGGCGCCAAGGAAGCUGGUCUGUCUACGCGUACGAUUGUCGAAGUGCGGGGACAUGCUACAUGAUCCUCUGGGCUGUAUUCACCCUUGCUGGGGCCUUCGGUUCAAGUUACAUGACGCUAUGGGUCGAGAAAUGGUCCGACGCCAACCGCAAUGCGCCUAACCGCCAACUUGGCUUGUAUCUCGGCAUAUACGCGCUCUUGAGUGCUCUGGGGACGCUCGGCAUGGCGGGCGAGUGUUGGAUAUUCUUUAUUAGGAUCAUUACACUGACUGCUUUGUACUUGCACCUGGAGCUCUUGGAGGCCGUUCUCGGAGCGCCGUUCUCCUUUUUUCAGAGAACCGAUAACUCUGCCAUUAGGUUCAGUCAAGACAUGGACCUCAUCGACAGGACGCUCCCCACGCAUGCUAGCGUGUUCACUUCAUCGGCCACUUACUGCCUGGCCCAGUUAGUCAUUCUCUGUGUUGUCGGCAAAUAUAUGGCAGCGGUGGUCCCGGUGCUCGCCGCAGUGCUAUUCGUCGUCCAGAGGUUCUAUCUCCGCUCCUCCCGCCAACUCCGGCUCCUCGACAUCGAAGCCAUGGCGCCGCUGUAUCAGCUCUUUAUUGAGACGGUUCGAGGCGUACCCACUAUACGCUCGUUUCACCUGGCAAGCUGCGUUCCACAACAAGCACACGGCCAUCGUGAUGACGCUCAGAAGCCGUUCUACAUGCUCCUGUGCAUCCAACAGCGCCGUAGCGGUUUGUGCUUGUUGCACAUGGCUACCUCCUUGACUGGCAGCAUUAGUGCCGGCGCGCUUGGUGUCGGGUUGGUUCUGGUGCUGCAGUUCAGCGAGAUGCUUGCGCAGGUGCUUCAGUUUUGGACUAGGCUCGACACGUCGAUCGGAGCAGUCGCGCGGAUCCGGAAGUUUGUAAGGGAGAUGCCUGCUGAACCUGCCGACACUGCGGUCUCGCCUGAGGGCUGGCCUAUGCGAGGCGAGCUUUGUUUCGACAAAGUUCUGUCAGAUAUCAGCUUGCGCGUCGCCCCCGGCGAGAAGCUUGCCAUCUGCGGAGAAUCGGGCAGCGGCAAGACGUCGCUCAUCAUAACGCUGCUGCGCUUGACAGAUCUGCGCCAAGAUACCAUCACCGUCGACGGCGUCGACAUCACCGCGCUGGCUGGGCGCGACGUCUGCGCCAAUAUCAACGUCGUACCCCAAGAGCCGUUCUUCGUGCUCGGCACCGCCCGCUUCAACCUCGAUCCCCAGGACCAGACGUCCGACGACGCUAUUGAGGUGGCGAUUCGCAAGGUCGGGCUAUUGGAGUGGGCCCGGAGGGCCGGGAUGAGACUAUUGGCCACGAAACUCGUCGCGUCCGAGUGGUCGCAGGGCGAGAAGUACCUGCUGGCCCUUGCGCGGGCUCUGCUGGUGCCUAGCAGAAUUCUGGUUUCGGACGAAACGGCGAGCAGCGUCAUCGACAGCGAGUGGCGCCAGCGGACCGUCAUCUCGGUCCUCCAUCGGUUCGCGCACAUCAAGCGGUUUGACCGCGUCGUUGUCUUGGACCGCGGCCAACUCGUCGAAUGCGACACGCCGCAGGCGCUGCUGGGCCGGCAGUCGACUUUCCGGAAACUGUACUGCGCGUACAGCCCGAGGCUGUAG